UGUCUAUCCGUUAAGUUUGUGGUAUAUUAAUCAAUUAAAAUAAUGCAAUAUAGUUUAUUGAGUGCUCAAUUAAGGUGCCCUAGGUUCUUGUUGCGACAGCAAGCACAUUUUAUCAACCGUUGCUAUAGUGAUGAUAUCAGAAACAUUGGUAUUUUGGCACACAUUGACGCAGGCAAAACCACAACAACGGAACGCAUGCUUUAUUAUGCAGGCAAGACUCGAUCUUUGGGCGAGGUACAUCGCGGCAACACGGUUACGGAUUACCUUACACAAGAGCGCGAGCGAGGCAUCACGAUUUGCAGCUCAGCCGUUACAUUUGCCUGGAAUGGUAAGCGUAUUAAUCUGCUAGACACGCCCGGACAUAUUGAUUUCACGAUGGAGGUGGAGCAGUCUCUAUAUGCUGUGGACGGCGUCGUUGUUGUCUUGGAUGGCACGGCUGGCGUGGAAGCGCAAACAGUUACCGUGUGGACACAGGCAGAUAAUCACAGGCUGCCGCGGCUUGUUUUCGUUAAUAAAAUGGAUCGUCCAGAUGCUAUUUUUGACAAAUGCAUUGACGAUUUAAAGGCGAAGCUAGAUGCAAAACCCAUUUGCACGCAACUCCCGGCGAAGAACGUUGACGGACAUUUAGGCAUAUAUGAUGUAAUUACAUUGGAGCAGUUGACUUGGCAACAGAACGAUUUUGGAAGAACUUAUAGUAUUGAUAAACUAGAAUCUUCUUCUGAAAUUCGCGAAUUGCAUGAAAAGCGCAAUGAACUAAUUGAUCAGUUAUCUGGACUCGACGACGAGCUAGCUGAGGUUGUCAUUAGCACUGAGAGCUUUGACAAAGUCAGUAAUGAGUUAAUUGUUCAAGCCCUGCGGCGCGCCACAUGCCAGCAGAAGGUUGUGCCCGUGCUGCUAGGCUCUGCUUAUAAAAAUAUAGGCAUACAACGUUUAAUGGAUGCCGUAAAUGCUUAUUUGCCAACACCAAACGAACGCAAUCAGAUAUAUAACUGUUUUGGAAAUGAUCUUGCGGGUAAGGUUUUUAAAAUUGUGCACGACAAGCAGCGUGGACCUCUUACCCUGGUGCGCAUGCUGCGCGGCGAGCUGAAGCGUGGAAUGCGUGUGCUCUCUUCCCGUGGUCAAGCGGAGGUUAUAGCGAAAAUCUAUGAACCACUGGCUGAUGAAUACCGAGAGGUGAGCUCCGUGCGAGCAGGUGAUGUGGCCAUAUGUGCGGGCCUUAAGUCAACAGUUACUGGUGAUCUGCUUACAACCAGUCAUACAUCCCUGAAGAAUGCACAGAAACGUUUGAUUCAGAGUCUUGACGCAGCAGCUCCACAGUAUGAUGAGGACGAGUUGGAUGUUAACCAUGAGCUGUUUUCAAUUGAGCCCAAAACUCCUGAUGCUGUGUACUUUUGCUCCAUCGAGCCGCCCAGCCUAUCAACUCAAACAGCCAUGGAACAAGCGCUCAAACAACUCCAGCGUGAAGAUCCCAGUUUGCGGGUAAGCUACGAUCCCGUCACUGGGCAGACUGUACUUGGCGGCAUGGGUGAAUUACAUAUGGACAUCAUCAAGUCGCGUCUGCUAAGUGAGUACAAAAUUGAUGUUGAUCUGGGUCCGCUACAAAUUGCCUACAAGGAGGCUAUCGAAACGCCGGCCAUAACAACCUUAAGUGUGGAGAAAGAUAUUGCGGGCAGUAAGCAAAAUGUGAAUAUAACCCUACAACUGACCAAUAAUCAGAAAGAGCUCUUCAGCUUAGAUAAAUCGCCAGAGAACGUUCAAAAUCUCAAUGCACUGCGUCCUCGGGUCCUUCAAGUGCUGCGAAAAGGAGCAAUCGGUGCUUUGGAGCGGGGACCACGUGUUGGCGGUCAAGUUGUAGAUACUCAAAUACGUCUGCACAAUGUCACUGUGGGACGGGGCACUGCCGAUUCGUUUAUCAUGGCCGCGGCGGCACAGUGCGUGCAAAAGCUGCUGAGUAAAAGCGGCACACGGCUUCUGGAGCCCAUCAUGGCCAUGCAAAUUGUGGCGCCCAAUGAACGUAUAUCUGGGAUUAUAGCGGAUCUCUCUAGGCGGCGCGCGCUUAUAAAAGACGUAGUGCCCAAGGGAGAUAGGAAUAAGCUCAUUUUGGUGAAUGCCCCCUUGGCGGAGCUCUCCGGAUAUUCCAGUGCGCUGCGAACCAUUAGCUCCGGCACGGCCAGCAUGACAAUGCAACCCUGUGGUUAUUCGGAAAUGAACGCCGCGGAUGAAUCGUUAGCCGUACGCCGAGCCCAGGGAUUAGACUAACAUAAUUCUGCCCAAU